AUGCGGCGAAAUGCAUUCUCCUCAAGUCCUUUCCAAGCUUCGCCAGAGCGGCGACGUAUCGAUAACAGAUCCGCUGGUUCACAUAAAAUGACUGGCAUCAUAGAUCAGAAACUCAUCGAUGGCUCCCAGCGACCACGAGAAACGAGUUCAUCCUCUGCCUAUUUCCCGAUGGCUCAGGAGCCUGUUUCGUCUGUGCGAGAUGAUCGGGAUCAAUUGGAUGCAUUUGAUCUCGAGUUGCUGCAAUCCAGUGCGGUCGAAGCGUCAUCCCCGGUAGCCCGAAGAGAAAUUCCACAAUCCCCAGUAGAUCGAAGGGGAAUCCCACACUUCGACAACAUCCCUAUAUCUGUUCGAGGCAUUGUGCUGGUGGCCAAGGAUACCUUACCCGACAGAUACCGAGAAUUAUUCCCAUUUCCAUUGUUCAAUGCCGUCCAGAGCAGAUGUUUUGACCCAGCGUACAAUUCUGAUUCAAAUCUGGUCCUUUCUUCACCCACAGGAAGUGGCAAGACCGUGAUUAUGGAGCUGGCUAUCUGCAGACUUCUUAACGUGCUCAAGGAUGAGCGAUUCAAAGUCGUCUAUCAAGCGCCGACGAAAUCUCUAUGCACAGAACGGUUCCGUGACUGGAACACCAAAUUCGCGGCUUUGAAUCUCAAGUGUGCGGAGCUGACUGGAGAUACCGAUUACACGCAGCUAAGGAGCGUGCAGAAUAGUGAAAUCAUUAUCACUACCCCGGAGAAAUGGGACUCCAUGACUCGGAAGUGGCAGGAUCAUAUGAAGCUGCUUCAGUUAGUGAAGCUUUUCCUACUGGACGAGGUGCACUUUCUUAAGGAGUCCCGAGGUGCUACGCUUGAGGCAGUUGUCUCACGGAUGAAGAGCAUCGGUUCGAAUGUUCGCUUUGUUGCGCUUAGUGCGACGAUUCCGAAUUCAGAGGAUAUUGCUACUUGGCUGGGUAAGGAUGCUACUAAUCAGCAUUUGCCUGCUCAUCGAGAGCACUUUGGUGAAGAUUUCCGGCCAGUCAAGUUGCAGAAAGUUGUCUAUGGAUAUCAAUCGACGGUGAACGAUUUUGCCUUUGAUAAGAUUUGUGCCUCCAAACUGCCUGAUAUCAUUGAAAUGCAUUCGUGUCAAAAGCCGAUCAUGAUAUUUAGCUGUACUCGCAAUUCGUGCGCUGCGACGGCGAAGGAACUUGCUCGUCUCUGGAAUAUGACCAACCCACUUUCUAGGCUCUGGAAAGGCCCGGGCAGACAGAUCCAGGUCAAUAAUGAAGAUCUAAACACAACCAUCGCCGCCGGAGUCGCAUUCCAUCAUGCAGGCCUUGGUCCGAACGACAGACAUGCCGUCGAACAGGGUUUCCUCGAUGGACACAUAAACGUGAUAUGCUGCACUUCAACCCUUGCCGUCGGCGUGAAUCUCCCUUGUCACCUUGUGAUCAUCAAAAAUACCGUCGGUUGGCAGGAAGGCGGUUGCAAAGAAUAUUCAGAUCUCGAGAUGAUGCAAAUGCUCGGACGUGCAGGUCGACCGCAAUUUGAUGACAGCGCCGUGGCAGUUAUACUCACCCGAAAAGAGCGAGUACCACACUACGAAAAACUAGUUUCAGGAACCGAAAGUAUCGAAAGUUGCUUACAUCUAAACCUGAUAGAUCAUCUCAAUGCUGAGAUUGGCCUUGGGAAUGUCACUGACGUUGAAACGGCUACAAAAUGGCUUGCUGGAACCUUCCUCUUUGUGAGACUUCGUCGGAAUCCGACUCACUAUAAGCUCAAAGAAGGAGCCACUCAGGACGACGAAAACGAGUUGCUCCGGCAGAUCUGUGAAAAGGACAUCGGUCUUCUCCAGGAAUGUGGUCUGGUCGAGACUGAUAGUUUGCGCUCGACCCAAUAUGGUGAUGCCAUGGCUCGAUACUACAUUCGGUUUGAAACUAUGAAGAUCUUGCUCAGCUUGCAAGGAAAGGCAACAGUGUCGCAAAUUCUCGAUGUGAUCGUCCAAGCAGAAGAAUUCCGUGAAAUCCGCUUCAAGGCAGGCGAAAAGUCAUUAUACAAGGAGAUAAACCGCGACCAUGGAAUCCGAUACCCAGUUCAAGUCGAUAUAGCUCUCCCAGCUCACAAAAUCUCCCUUCUUCUCCAGUCUGAACUAGGUGCCAUUGAGUUCCCAAGUGGAAACCAAUUCCAGAAACUCAAGUUCUCUCUUCAGCAAGACAAAAAUCUAGUUUUCGCACACGUGAACAGAUUAGUCCGAUGUGUGAUCGAUUGUAUGAUCGCACGCGAGGACUCUGUUUCCAUCCUGAAUGCACUGGAUUUAGCCCGAAGCUUUGGUGCAAAAGUCUGGGAUCAGUCGCCACUUCAAAUGAAACAGAUUGAGCAGAUUGGUGUAGUAGCUGUUCGAAAAUUGGCUGCUGCUGGAAUUACAGGCAUUGAAGAACUUGAGUAUAUGGAAGUUCACGAAAUUGAGAUGACACUCAGCAGAAAUCCACCAUUCGGGUCAAAGUUGCUUUCUCGAUUGAAGGAGUUUCCAAAGUUGCGCAUUGAUGUGAAGAUGAUUGGCAAGGAAGUGAAGAAUGUAUUUGUAACCAUCCGUUUCAAGUUUGAAGUGGCGUUCAUGAAUGAGAAGACUCCGACAUACUUUCAGCGUCGACCAGUCUAUAUUUGCUGCUUGACAGAAACAUCUGACGGUCGGUUGAUUGAUUUCCGCAGGAUAAGUGCAACCAAGUUGCAGAACAGCUUGGAAAUCACUCUCGCUGUCAACCUGACGAGCCAAAGCCAAUUUGUCGUGUGCCAUGCCAUGUGUGAUGAUAUUGCUGGGACCGCAAGGAAAGCUGAGUUGAAGCCCAAUCUCUUAGCUCACCUCCCAAAGCAAACCAUGACAACCGACGAAAGCAAGACCCAAGAUGGAAAGCCUGACAAACUUUUAUGUCAACAACCCCAGGGAGCACCUAAAGGAAAGUUCAGAGCAGACGCUUUUGACAGUGAUGAUCUAGGUCUGGAUGACUUCUUCCUCAAAGAUCUGCACCAGGAGAGGCCAAAGAAACCCGCGUCCAUGAAAAUGGUCCAAGACGAGGAAAUUGACUGGCUAUCCAUUGACAGUACCCCAAGUCCUAAACGACAACCAGCAGCCUCGAAUAAAACAGGCGGCAAAUCGAUCGCCGAUAUUGGACCACAAGAGCAGGAAGACGAACCUGUCCGACUUGCCAACGGUAACUGGGCUUGUAACCACAAAUGCAAGGACAAGACAAGCUGUAAACAUCUCUGCUGCAGAACGGGCCUUGAGAAACCUCCCAAAGCUGGCAAGAAACGAGCUCCUGCAACUCAAAAAAGUGAUGGUUUGAGUCAGUUAACCUUGACGGCUAAUGUCAUCAAAAAGGACAAGGAGAAGAACGCGCGAAAAGAAAAGCGGAAAGCCACGGCAAAGGAGCAUUCAUCCGAAAGGCAUCAUUCGAGUCCGUUGAGGGGACAGGAGAACGUGAAGCAGAGACCCAGCACAGCAACUGGAGGAAGCAAAUAUGCGACCCCUUCGUCAAGCAAACAUAAAGUCUUCCAUACUCCCUCGGAAAUGCCUUCCAGCGACUACGGCGAUGAUGAAAUCAGCGACUUCCCAUCCCCAUCAGAACUUCUCAAAGAUACAAAAUCCGAGUUCAAACAACCUCCCUCAAUCGACGUCUCGGAGAUUGAACAAAAGACAAAAUCUUUCGUCGACCUCACAACGCCAAGCGGCGAUCCUUCUGCGGACACGGCAGAAAGUACCGAGAAUCUGACCGGAGGGAUCUUACCAACAUUAUUGCCAGAGACCGAUCGCACUGUGGCUGUAUGGGAAGACCCUGCUUCAUCUCCUACGAACAACCCCUUCACCAGCCCGGAGAAUAUCAAAAGCUCAGCCACAACCAUGCCGCUGACCGAGCUUUCCGGAAACAUUCCCCCUAAACGAAAGGCGAGUUGUUUCGAAGAAACAAAAAACGAGCGGAGCAGGAAGAGAACUGAGUGGUGCUCAAUCAAUGAAUCUCCCGCAGUGGAGCUUGACGAACAACAACAACAAACCGAGUCCGAGGGCUCUCCUGGAUGGGAAAAUGUGGACCGACUGUUACUUGAAGAGUUCAAGGAUGUUAUCAAUUUUUAUUGA